UUGAAGCAAUAUGGCGGACUGACACAAUAACUUAUAAUGCGGAAUAUAUAGAUUAUUUUGAUUGCACACUGUAUACUCUGCAGCAGAUCAAGUUACAAUAAAUAGAAAAGUCCAUUAGGAAAAAUAUUUUGCUUCUUUUAUACGGGUGUUAGGAGUGGUGACCUGCCUUUGUGUAAGAUUUCGUCACUGUCUCAAUCUUGCAGUGACUUCGAAAUUUAUUUCGAUAUUACAUACGCGAACAUGAUUUUGUCUGGCUAUACUAGUUAGCUUUAGUAGCGAUUUCACUGUUAAUUGUUGUUUUUAUAUGCCGAAACAUGUCGUCUACGCAGAGCAAAAUGCGAGGUCCUGGUCGACCACCAAAAUCAAAGAACUCUUGCACAUGGUGCGGAGAGACAAAACAACCAUUGAAAUAUGUUCUUCCUACUCAACAUGGCAAGAAGGAGUUCUGUUCGGAAACGUGUCUGUCUGAAUCUCGUAAGACUUAUGCACGAGGUGCGUGUGUACAAUGUGACAAUGUAAUCAGAAAUACACCUGUUAGAUUAGAACAAAAGGAUGGUCCAACAAAAGAUUUUUGCUCUUCAUUCUGUUUAAAUGCAUAUCAAAAAAAGGAGAGCCAAACUGACACAAAGAAAAGUAAUAGAGAUCUGACAUCACCUGCACAAUCUCCUGCUCCAUCUGGAUUACCAAGCAGCAGUAAUGUACCAUCGACUACACAAUCUUAUACAAGUACGAAUAAUCACACAACCAUAUCUCAUUCACCAUCAACAUCUACUGGACCAUUUCAAUAUGAAACCUAUCAGACUUUUGAUUGGGAUCUUUACUUAAGAGAAACAAAAAGUACAGCAGCUCCAGUUGAAUGCUUCAAACAGCAUGAGGUGCCGCCAACAAAUGAAUUUAAAAUCAAUAUGAAAUUGGAAGCAUUAGAUCCACGAAACUUAACAUCAACUUGUAUUGCCACCGUAGUAGGCGUUCUUGGACCUCGGUUGAGAUUAAGAUUAGACGGUUCUGAUAAUAAAAAUGAUUUCUGGCGAUUAGUUGACAGUAACGAAAUACAUCCAAUAGGUCAUUGUGAGAAAUCUGGUGGGAUGCUUCAACCUCCGUUAGGCUUCCGGAUGAAUGCUUCCAGCUGGCCAAUGUUCCUUCUAAAAACGUUGAACGGUGCCGAAAUGGCACCAGCAAAAGUAUUCAAACGCGAACCAAAGACACCACGUUCUAAUAUGUUCGAAGUUGGACAUAAAUUAGAAGCUAUUGAUAAGAAAAAUCCUCAACUUAUAUGCACUGCAACUGUCGGUGCAGUUAAAGAUGAUAUGAUACAUAUUACAUUUGAUGGUUGGCGUGGUGCUUUUGAUUAUUGGUGUCGUUAUGAUUCCCGAGAUAUUUUCCCCGCAGGAUGGUGCUUUAAGAGCGGGCACCCGUUACAACCACCAAGACAAAAAUCAACAGGCCCCAACAGAUUUAAAUCCAGAGCUAGUAAUGUUUUGUUAGUAAUGGCAGUUUCUGGAAAUAAUACUAGCAGAGAACCAGCAGUUGCUUUAGUGAGCCCUGCAGGUUCCAGUGCACCACCACAACCAGCUACAGAACCUGAUACUAGUACAGCCAAUAUAAAACCACAUGCACUUGAAAAUGUUACAAUUUAUGUCAAUCAUAACUGUUCCUGUGGACCAUAUUUUGAUCCUCGAAAAGUAAAAGCCAUGCCAGCACAAUUUGGUAUUGGUCCUAUACUAAAUGUUGCAAGAGAAAUUUUUCAAGCGUUUUUAAUGGCAGCCUUGAGUCCUAGACAAAUGUUGAGUUUGUUGAAACGUGGCGAAGGUGAAACGAUAAACUUGACUUUGGAAAGUAAACCUGCCUCUGUUAGAUUACCGAUUUUUCUGGAAGAAGAAGAUUUUUAUAUAUAUAUUAGGCGGCAACUCGAAAAUCUAUGUGCAUGUGAACACAUGUUAGUAAGAAGAAAAGAGGCUUGCAACAAAUGUCCUAGUACGCAACAACAACAAUGUACUAAUAGUGAUGAAGCAAAUAACAUAGUAGCAGAAAAAAGAAGAUGGUCAUCACAAAGUCAACAAAAUUUAACAUCUACUACACAACAACAACAGAGCACUGUACAAAGUACAAAUAAUUCAACAGUGUCUUCUCCUACACCUGCAAAACAAUCUCGCAAGUCUGUUCCUGAACUUGAAGCAGCAACAUCUACUACUCAAUCUACUGAAUCUUCUACAACUCGCAUUCCUUCCACUGAACCAGCAGAAUGGACCAUUGAAGAUGUAAUACAUUAUAUUGCCAUUACAGAUCCAGCACUAGGACAACACGCAGAUUUGUUUAGGAAACACGAAAUUGAUGGCAAAGCUUUACUUCUUCUUAAUAGUGAUAUGAUGAUGAAGUAUAUGGGGCUAAAACUUGGGCCAGCACUUAAGAUUUGUAAUUUGGUAAACCGUAUUAAAGGUAGAAGACAUAUGCUUAUGUGAUUUUCUCACAUAUGAAUAUUUGUAUAAAAUAAUCUGAAUUGAUGCAUUUCUCAAUGGCUGGAUUAGAUUAUGUUUUCAAUAAUGGAAACAAACUAAAAUACAUAGAUUGUUACAAAUGUGAAUAUACAUUGACAAUGGUUUAUUUUCGGAUGGUUUAUUAUCAUAUAGUGACAAUUUUAGAGCUUAAUUAAAAUAAAUUUAAAGUUUAACUUUUGGAUUCUUGUCAGAAGUUCUGUUGUUUCAUUAAUUCAGAAAAGUAUAAGUUUGCAUUAAUUAGUUGUAAUGCAAAUAUUUUUGUUAAUAAAUUUACCAUUGCCCUAUGAGUAUUAUAUAUAGAUUAGCCUAAUUAAAUUCCAUGUACGUAGAUAAGGAGCGAUCAGCGCAUUGAAACUGGUAUACUUACAUAUAUAUGAUCACAAGAAAAUAUUUCCUAUACUUUGUAAAUAGUUUCAUGUGUCAAUAUGUCUUAUCUUAUUUUACAAUUUUUUAAAUCAUAUAUUUUACAUAUAUAUUGUAAACAAAUUUUCCUUCUGAUACUGAUACAAAAUUGUUCAUGAUAUGAAAGAUUAAAAAGUUUUUCUAAUAUUUUACUUUAUUUUCCUUAAUACAUAAAAUAAUUACAAAUACUUAUAGUAUGAUUAUUCGAUAUUGAUGCAACAAUCUAACGUGAUUUAAAAAGUUUAAAAAGAAAAUCUGACUAGGUUAAUAUUUUUUCUUGUAAAAACUGUGGAUAGAGCAUAGAUUUUUGUAACAUUAUAAUUUAAAAGUAAUUUUGAUGAUUGCGAUUAAAUAUAGUUAUUUUCCAAAUACAAUAAUAUACUAGUUGCUUUAUUAUGAUAAUAAAAUUCUCUUCUUAUUAUGGAGAUAAACAUAUAAACGCAUAUAUACAUAUUUUGGAACAUUUUAAAAUUAGAAAAUUAAUUUGAUGUAUAUAUAAUUCUGUCACUGCAAUUCUUAUUACUGUGAUAUUCUGAAUAACUUGUACAGCAAUCUAUCAUAUUUUACAAUAUAUUGCAGUUUAAUAUGGAAUAUAAAGUUACUAUUUUUCUAUAUUCUGUAUAUUACUUUCAAAAAUCUAAUUUAAUUUUUUCUCUUUAUUGUAAAACAAAAAGUGUCAUGUUGUUUCUCUCAUUUGUAAGAUCUUAUGAAUAUAUAAAUAAAAAUUAAACAUUUAUGUUACAAUUCAUUUUAUAUUAUUUUUGUAAUGUUUCAAACAUAAUUUUAUCAUAUAAAUUUUCU